UUGCAGGGGAAAUACACGUUCGCCGACGGCCUCGAGUACCGGGAUAAAAACUGGCACUACUGCGACGGCUACGACAGGAGGUUUUACACGGAGAUCUGCUCCGGUCUGAAACCGGCAGGCAUUUCCCAACUUACAAACUUGGAUCCUCCUAGAAAAAUCCCAGAAGGAUGUUAUGACUGUGGUGAUGGAUUCUAUAAUCCUGAAACCAGAGUUAUCAUUGACUACAAAUUCAGAUUUCUGAGAAAUGCAGAGCGGCACAGCGUGUCAUCUGACACGGUUGCUGGAGAUGUGCUUUGUGUGACUGUCCCACCGAGGAGCCCGUGUACAAAGUUAAACUUGUUGAUGCGAGUGUGAAGAAGGAAUGUGUCAUGUUGGCCAGACCCUUCCUCUUAAGAACACGAACACAAUUGAAAAACCCGGCACUUGUUCAACAUCAGAGGAACUCUUACUGCCCCUGGAGAGAUGAUUCAGGGCACAAGGCCACUGCAGUUAAAAAA